AUGUCCGAUGAUGACGAUCUCACCAGUCCAUCCCCUACAGUCGGUCUGAACCGACGAAAUCAAGUUGCCAAAUCGCAUCCUGCGCUAGAAGACAUCACCCACCAUCGAUCUUCCUCUCCUUCAACAGAAAACGCAGGUCCACUAUCAUCGAAAAUCAAAACUAAAAAGAAGAAUGCCACAGUAUACGGGUUAAACAAAUCAAAAUUCCAAGGAUAUUUUUACAUGGAGGAAAUUGACGAUUUGCCCUCGACCGAGUUCUUAGAAGAACGUGGGCCAGUCAAGGUCAAGGAAAGUGAGCUGAGGAGAAGUGGAGAUACUGAGCGAAAUCUGAAUACGGGCGAAUUACGAACUGACGAGGCUAUGGUAGUGCCCCGACAACAAGUCAAGGUCAAGGAAAGUGAGCUUAGGAGAAGUGGGGAUACUGAGCGAAAUCUAAAUAAGGGCGAGUUACGAACCGACGAGGCUAUGGUGGUGCCCCGACAACAA